AUGGGCCACGUUCGGGCGAAAGCCAACAGGUACAACUUUGCCGUUGCCUUCUUCGUUGCCUUGGGCUCCUUUACUUAUGGCUUCAACUCGGCCAUCAUCGGGUCGGUCAUUGGCCAACCAUCCUUCUACGACUACUUCGAUUUCGUAGCUACCAGUAGCUAUGGAGGUAGCAUUCUCGGAGCCAGUAACGGUCUCUACGCCGGCGCAGGCUGUAUUGGAUGCUGGACUGUUUUCUGGCUUCUGGACAAGCUGGGCAGAAAGCGCGCGGUCCAAGUGAUUUGUGUCGUCUGUAUCGUCUCAGCAGCCAUCCAGGCAGGUUCUGUUCACAUCGCCAUGUUCCUGGUUGGUCGAUUCUUCAAUGGGCUGGGAGUAGGAUUCGUCAACACCGCCAUCCCGACCUACAUCUCUGAGAUUUCGCCGCCGGCACAAAGAGGAAGAAUUGUGGGAUCGCACGGGUUUAUCAUUUGCUUCUCAUAUGCUUGUUCUGGCUGGGCUGGCUUCGGAACAUAUUACGAAGACAAUGCCACCGUUCAGUGGAGACUGCUUCUGUCUCUGCAGAUCGUGGCACCUUUGCUUCUCCUCAUUGGAAGUCCGGUCAUCCCCGAGUCACCUCGAUGGCUCGUCAACAAUGGGAAGCACGAACAAGGCCUUAAGAUCCUAGAGAGGCUCCAUGCCCACCCCAGCGAUCCAGAACACAUCGGUGCUCGGGAAGAAUUCCUACAGAUUCAACGACAGAUCGAGCUCGAGAAGUCAGAACCGAAUCUCAACAUGAUCCAACUGAUCAUCUCUCCCAAAUACCGCAAGAGAAUGCUGUUCGGCUUCUAUCUCCAAGCCAUGUGUCAGAGUACCGGCGUAUUGGUCGUCUCGAACUACAUGGUUCUGUUGCUGAACAAUCUGGGCGUUACGGGAUCGAUUCCACUGCUUUUGUUGGCGAUUUACAACUCGUGGGCGGCGUUUUUGAAUUAUAUCAAUGCCCUCUAUAUUGACCGAAUUGGGCGCAGGAAAAUCAUUCUAAUUGGUCUGACCGGCUGCGUCUUUUGCCUGAUCAUAGUAACAGCUCUGAGCGCACACUAUACGACGGUUGGCAACACCAACAAAGCCGGCCAAGGCGCCUGCAUCGCCUUCAUCUUCCUGUUCGUCACCUUCUACGGCUUCGGCGUCGACGUGUCCAGCUACGUCUACUGUUCCGAGAUCUUCCCGACCAACAUCCGCGCCAAAGGCGUUGGGUGGUCCGUCAGCGGCCUGUUCUUGAUGACCACUGUCUACACCACCGCCGCCGGCCCCGCGCUCAACAACAUCGGCUGGAGAUUCUAUCUCGUCUUCAUCCUCGUCACGACCGCCAUGCUACCGUAUUUCGCGUGGAAAUUCCCCGAGACCAAAGGGCUGAGUCUGGAGGAGGUGGGAGGGCUUUUCGGCGACGAGGUCGCUUUGGAUGUGAGCCAUCUCACGGAAGAGCAGCAAGCCGCUUUGGACAAGGAGAUCCGUGACCAUGACCACCACCGGCAGGUGGUUUCGGAGAAGGGGACCGUUGGCACGGCGGCGAAUGCGACAGGGUCGCCGGAGAGUGAUAGCAUUUCGGAUAGUAAGCAUGUGGAAAGCGUGUGA